AGCCCGGACAAGAUUCUGAUCGAUACUUGUUUGAGGUCAUGUACUUUUGAUGGGGGUUCAUUCUGGGAGGAACACAGGAAGCUCAUGGGGCUCUAGGGGUUUGGAUCCUGAGGAACAUCCUAGUGGAGGUAGCAAGCUCGGUGAGGAGGAUAGGGAAAUGGAGAAGCCAUUGGGUGUAGGAAACGAGUGCUCCUUUUAUGUUCUUUUGCACUUGCACAAAUGACUACAGAGGUGACAGUGGGAAGAAUGGGAGGAGGCGAUGGCAGGGAAGUCCAGCUAAAGGAAGAGCACACCACAGCCUACCACUGGCAGCAGCGACGACAAUAUAAUGGGGAUGAAGGGGAGGAGGAGGCAAGCUACCAAGCAUGCCUUCAAGAAUAUUUUGGCCAGCCUCCCUAAGCCUGGUGGUGGUGAAUAUGGAAAGUUCUACAGCCUUCCUGCACUAAAUGAUCCAAGGAUCGAUAAGCUUCCCUACUCCAUCCGCAUUCUUCUGGAGUCAGCUAUCCGCAAUUGUGAUAACUUGCAAGUUACGAAGAAUGACGUCGAGAAAAUCAUCGAUUGGGAGAACACAUCUCCAAAGCUGGCUGAGAUACCUUUCAAGCCAGCGAGAUGCAUUCUUAUGGACAACACUGGAGUCCCAGCGGUUGUAGACCUUGCAGCUAUGCGCGAUAUGAUGGCAAAGUUGGGCUGUGAUCCCUACAAGAUCAAUCCAUUGAUUCCAGUGGAUGCUGUUAUUGACCAUGCGGUGCGAGUGGAUGUAGCAAGGUCGCAUGAUGCAUUGGAUAAAAACAUGGAGCUGGAGUUUGACCGCAACAAAGAAAGGUUUGGUUUCCUUAAAUGGGCGUCCACUGCUUUCCACAAUAUGCAGGUUUUCCCCCCUGGUUCUGGUACUGUACACCAGGUCAAUCUUGAGUAUCUUGCCCGAGUUGUCUUCAACAAAGAUGGCAUUAUGUACUUUGACAGCGUGGUUGGCACUGACUCACACACCACUAUGAUUAAUGGUCUCGGUGUUGCUGGUUGGGGAGUUGGUGGUAUUGAAGCAGUUGUUGCAAUGCUUGGGCAGCCAAUGGGCAUGGUUUUACCUGGUGUGGUUGGGUUCAAGUUGACUGGAAAGUUACGGGAUGGUGUCACUGCUACUGACCUUGUUCUUACUAUGACCCAAAUGCUAAGGAAGCAUGGUGCUGUUGGCAAAUUUGUCGAAUUUUAUGGUGUGGGUGUUGGUGAGCUGUCUUUGCCUGCCAGGGCCACAAUCGCCAACAUGUCUCCAGAAUAUGGGGCUACCAUGGGCUUCUUCCCUGUAGAUCAUGUGACAUUGGAUUAUCUAAAAUUAACAGGACGAAGCGAUGAAACUGUGUCAAUGAUUGAAGCAUAUCUGCGAGCUAACAAGAUGUUCGUGGAGCGCCAUGAGCCUCAUACAGAACGAGUUUACUCUUCAUAUCUUGAGCUGGACCUUAAUGAGGUGGAGCCUUGCGUUUCAGGCCCGAAGAGGCCUCAUGACCGUGUUCCUUUGAAAGAAAUGAAAUCAGAUUGGCAUGCUUGCCUGGACAACGACGUUGGUUUCAAGGGUUUUGCAGUGCCAAAGGAACUCCAGGAUAAAGUUGUGAAAUUUGACUUUCAUGGACAACCUGCUGAAAUCAAGCAUGGCAGUGUUGUUCUUGCAGCAAUAUGUAGUUCCACAAACACAUCAAAUCCUAGCGUUAUGGUUGGUGCUGGCCUUGUGGCAAAGAAAGCCUCCGAAUUGGGCCUUGAGGUGAAGCCAUGGGUAAAGACAAGCCUUACCCCUGGGUCUGUGGUUGCACGUGAAUACUUGAAACAUAGUCACCUUCAAGAUUAUUUGAACCAGCAGGGGUUCCAUCUUGCUGCAUUUGGCUGUGCCACUUGCGUCGGCAACUCUGGCAACCUUGAUGAAUCUGUAUCAGCUGCCAUCACAGAAAAUGAUAUUGUUGCUGCUGCUGUGCUGUCAGCCAACCGUAACUUUGAGGGUCGCGUGCACCCUCUGACUAGGGCUAACUACCUCGCCUCCCCGCCUCUAGUUGUUGCCUAUGCUCUUGCUGGCACUGUUGACAUCGAUUUUGAGAAAGAACCCAUUGGAGUCGGAAAGGGUGGCAAAGAAGUUUACUUCAGGGAUAUAUGGCCCACAACCGAAGAAAUCGAACAGGUUGUCAAAUCCAGCGUGCAGCCUUACAUGUUCACGCAAACAUACGAGUCCAUCAUGAAAUGUAACCAGAGGUGGAAUGAGCUCACGGUUCCCGAGGCGGCACUCUUCCCAUGGGACCCAAGCUCCACAUACAUUCGCAAUCCCCCCUACUUUGAGGGCAUGGCCAUGUCCCCACCCGGCCCCCCAACGGUGAAGGAUGCCUACUGCCUGCUCAACUUAGGGGACAGCAUCACGACGGACCAUAUCUCGUACUCAGGGAGCAUCCCUGAGGACAGCCCUGCUGCCAAGUAUCUAUGCGCGUGUGGCGUGGAUCGGAAGAACUUCAGCUCCUAUGGUGGCCGGCGUGGCAACAACGAGGUGGUGAUGAGGGGAGCAUUUGCAAACAUGAGGAUUAUAAACAAGCUUAUGGAUGGCAAGGCUGGACCCUGGACAGUUCAUGUUCCUACCGGGGAGAAGCUUUAUGCCUUCGAUGCGGCCAUGAAAUACAAGUCCGAGGGUGAUGAUACGAUCAUUAUUGCUGGUGCUGAGUAUGGGAGUGGCAGCUCUCGUGACUCCGCUGCCAAGGGACCAAUGCUCCUGGGUGUCAAGGCAGUGAUUGCCAAGAGCUUCGAGCGUAUCCACCGAAGCAACUUGGUGGGGAUGGGAAUCAUUCCUCUCUGCUUCAAAGCUGGCGAGGAUGCAGAUUCACUCGGCCUUAAUGGACACGAGCGCUACACCAUCCAUCUCCCUACCAGCAUCAACGAGAUACAUCCCGGCCAGGAUGUGACCGUAACAACCGACAAUGGGAAAUCCUUCACUUGCACUCUUCGCUUGGACACAGAGCUGGAGCUGGCAUACUUCAACCAUGGAGGCAUCCUCCCGUACAUCAUCCGCAACCUAGCAGGACCGCGGAUAUAAGUUAAAAUUUAUUGGUGAAAUAAAAGGGGAACAUACUGGCUCCGAUUCUGGAUCUUGCUAUAGUGAGGGGAGGAGGACAAAGACACGGUAAUACAAUUGGUGUGUUGUACUUUUGAGACUAUGGUUAUGGAGUUGUUCGCCAUGUAUCGGUAGAGAUUUAGUAAUAGGCUAUGUGAUUGAUUGUACUAUCCAAACUUUAUUAGCAAACUAUUCUUUUGAUUUCAUUUGCUUGGUUAUAUCAGCCUAGUGUUGCAACAAUGUAAUAAGUAACAGCUGCAUGCAUCUCUGAAUGCAAGGUCGGGAUAUUAUUUUA